GAAAAAGCGUGACAUGACAAUGACGUCAUGUGGUUAUCUGACCGGGUCUUUAAAAUCUCGUCGCAAAGGCAAUGUGUCGAGUCUUAUGACAGUGAAUGGAGUUGACAAGUCAAGCCUUUAGAGACAGGUGGACCUCUUAUUGUGUUGUAGGCUAUGAGUGUGGGUGAUGGAGGACGGUCAAUGUGGAGACUUCCUGAUCCAAGAUGAGGACACCCUCAUUGAGGGUGUCAGCAACCAGGUCUUAUUUGUUGUUGUUCUCAGCAUCACCUUCCUCGCAGGCCUCCUCACUCUGCUCUGCAGACAAGAGGAGCAGAACAUUCAUCCUGAGAAUCAGGAGCAUGUUCGAGCCGUCCGGCAACAGCUCCAAACAGAGCAGGAUGAAAAUAGCCAGGCGGAGGCCAGGCAACAGUAUUACACAGACAUGUCUUGUCCAGUGUGUUUGCAGCAGGCUGUUCUGCCGGUGGAAACAAAUUGUGGACACCUUUUCUGCGGCUCCUGCAUCAUAGCGUACUGGAGGUAUGGCACCUGGCUGGGUGCUAUUAACUGCCCCAUCUGCAGACAAAUGGUUACUUUGCUUUUCCCGCUGUUCCAUGAGAACGCCACUCCUCAGAGGGUCCAGGACGGCGAGGCAGAACCUCUGCUGAUUUUAAGAGACAUUAACGAUUACAACCGCAGGUUCUCAGGCCAACCAAGAUCUUUUAUGGACCGGCUGCGAGAUGUGCCCACCCUGCUGCGUCACGCCUUCAGGGAGAUGUUUUCUGUGGGGGGCCUCUUCUGGAUGUUCAGGAUCCGAAUCCUUCUCUGCCUGGUCGGAGCACUCACCUACCUGGUGUCCCCGCUGGACAUUCUCCCAGAGGCACUUUUCGGUCUCCUGGGAUUCAUGGACGACUUCUUUGUCAUCCUGCUUCUCUUUGUGUACAUCUCCAUCAUGUACAGAGAGGUGGUGACACAGAGACUGAACGGCUAGGUGCCCGCUCAUUAACAAGGCCUUAGGUUUUCUCAGGAAGAGGUAGAACCCAGCAUCUGGAUGGAUGGAUGUGAAGAAGAAAAAGACUCACAAAGAAAGAACUGAGUAAAUGCUCUUAAGGACAGAUACUCAACAACACUGGUCUUCGAAGAGAGGUUUACCUUGAAACCAGGGACGUUUCUUCAUCACUGGAGAGUGAUUAUAAGCCUCAUCUCUGCAAUGACUCUAUAUAAGGAAUUCAAUCUUUCAUCGAUGGCUUAAUAAAUGUUCUGUCGAAGUGGACAACAACACAGCAUGGGGGUGGCUGUAAACGAAUGUGGUGUUGUGUAUACCUACUUUGAACCACUUUGUGUAUCCAGGGAACACUUUUUGAUGAACUGAAUGCUUCAGCCAAUUGGAUGACAGCGUUUUCCUGACUUUGGACGAUGUGCAUAUCAACAUAAUAGAGACCACAGUAAUGUAACGUAAUGUGAACUUGACCUUACUGUAUCGAUGGCAGUGUCUUGAUUAUAUGCAUUUAAACCUGGCUGUCUGCAUCCAAAGUGUCGACUGUCUUAACGGAGUCAUGUAACUCGAACCAUCUUGCUGUUGUUAUUACAAGCUUUGUGGUCAAUUCACCUGAUCACGCACCUAUGUAAGGAACAUGUGCUUAUAAAGAGUCACAAUGACAUGAAAAACACAGAUUAUGAUCUUUGUAGCAUUUUAAUUCCAUUGAAAUAAUAAUAAAAAUCUGAACCUGCAUGCAGGCAGGACAACCUGAA